GGCCCCGCCUCCUGCUCGCCCCCCUCCCCUCCCCCAGUCUUGCUCCUGCUCUCGUGCCCCCCCUGCCGGGCGCUCUGGAUUGCGGGCUGGGGAGGGCGGGCCCGAUGAGCCGCGGAGGAGCCGCGCCCCGCUCUGUCUCCGCUCCCGCGCCGGUGGGUGUAAGCUCUGUAACUUUGCGGCUGGGAGCGACCGCAGAAGUCACCCAGCCCGGAGCCCGCGUUUCCCCGGGCCAGGCUGGGCCAGGAAGGUGCCUCCCAAUAGACCAGCACCUUACCAGGGGGUCGGGAGCUGGGCUGGGCGGCCGUGACCUGGCAAAGCUUUUGGCGAACCUGAAAGCCUUCCGAGCGCUAACUGUGGCUGAAGCGGAAGCUUGCGGCUCACCGUCCCGGGCCGGCCCCGACACCCGUCGGAAGAGAGCUGCGUCGGGAGCCCGGGGACCCAAGACGGGACCAAGUAAGCCCCAGACGCCCCUUACGGGAGCGUGCGGACCGUGGCCCUCACACCCAGUCCCGCUUUAGCAAGGAUGAGCGAGCACCAGGGGAAUCUCGCCGUAAAAAUGCAGACCUGGAAGAAGAAAACACACAGGCUCACAGGAAAAACACAGAGUGGCCACGAGCCCAUCCAGGACUCCUAGGAGACAUAAAGCAGAAAUUUAAAGUAGAGAGGGAUCGCUUAGUGAAAGGAAACGGGUCCAAGAGGGAAUAAUUCUUCCCAGCCGAAGGAACCGUCAGAGGCAGAGCCGGGACUAGAGCACAAGUGCCUUGAGCUUUCUCCCCCGUAAUAGAUCAAAUCACCCCCUUUGCUUCCACAAAGAUCUCUUCUAGAUGCUUCUCCCCUACACGAUCGCAGCUGCCAGUACUUUAAAUAGUGCUUGGCUGAGGAUGAGGAGCCGAGCUCAGCUGAGCCCAGCUAGGCUAAGCGCUAGGCCCAAGCACCCACUUGACUCAUCCAGACCCAUGAUUCUGCGUUCUGGGAAAGUGACGGUCCUGUCUCCCCAACCACUGGGAGAUCCUAAUGUCCUGGAGGAAUAUAGAUGGCCCUGUGUCAGACCAUGCUGGCAACUCCAGAAGUCUAGAGAGGCUUCAAGGCCACAAGAGAGAAACUGGGGGUGUGAGGUCAAUACUCAAGAGGCCAGUGGUGAGGUCCAUGUGCCCAACCUGGGGCAGUGCCAGACAUUGGCCCAGGAGUCAUCAAACAAGGGGAAAUGGGCAAAAGCAGUUGAAGAAGCUCCCCAGGUCUCUUGGAGUCAGCCUAUAAUCCCAACCUUCUAUUUCUCUGCUCUCCCUGAGGAUGAGACCUUCCCUUGUCCCCUCUCCCUCACCCCUUGUCCUCUAUACCGAAGGAGACUGUGGCCCCGGAAGCUAAAUAUCCCUCCAAAGACCCGGAGCACACCAGAUAGCACAUUGGUCCUGGAGUUGGAUGAGAUCCUGGUCUCUUGCUCCCUUCGGACCCUGCCCAAUGCUCACUUCUCCUUCCCUGUGAGAUUCCAAGGUAUCUAUUACAAGGUGCAGGGCAGGCUACGGCCCCAUGCCCGUGAAUUCCUGGAGAUCCUGAGUCAGUUCUUCCAGAUCAUUAUCUUCACCACAGCUAAAAGGGACUUUGCAGAACCAAUCGCAGACCUUCUGGAUCCCCACAAGAAGCUGAUUAGGGGCCGCCUUUUCCAGGAUGACUGCAUCUGCCUCCAAGGUCACUAUAUAAAGGACUUGAGGGUGCUGGGGCAGGACCUGGCCCGGACUGUGGUGCUGACCGAUUCCUUCAAGGCCUUCCCCUACCAGGCCUGAGUAACAUACUCAACACAUUUGAGAUGACUCCAAAUACUGGAAGAGAGAGGGAGCAAACAAAGAGAGCCUGACGGGCUGGAGCAUUGGGUUGAAUCCAAUUUGAUGAUAUUCAGUGAAAAUAAAUAUAAAGUCUUAUGCAUGCAAGUACAAGUUGAAGGAGGCCUGAUUAGGCAGCCCCAGUUCUGCAAAGGAUCUGGAGGGCUUCAGUGAGCUGUCAGUCAAGCACUUAUCAAGCACCUACCAUGUGCCAGGCAUUCUUCUAAGCAAUGGGGCACUAAGAGAAGCAAGGCCCUGCCCUCAAAAAACUCACCAUCUAAUGGAAACUCAGUAUGAGAUAGCAGUGUGAUGUACCAGCAAAAAACCCCAUGUGACCUUGGGUUAUUUAUGCUGUCCUCCUCAGCCUUCAUCCGCAGAAUUGCUUCUGACUUGGGGUAUCAGCAUUAGGGAUUGCAGUUAAGCUGGAGAGAGUCCAGAGGGGGACAGAUGGGAUGAGGAAAGUUCUGAAAGUAAUUUUCAUCAGUGGAAAUAACUGGGCAUAUGUAGCCUGGAGAAGAGAAGACUGAAGGGGCUCCCAAGAACUGAUUUAAGUAUUUGGAGAGCUGUCAUGUGGAGAAGGGGAUAAUUUUGUCCUGUUUGUCUCCAGGAAGCAGCAGGAGGAAUAAAUGGAAAUUGAAAGGAGAAUUUAGUUUUGAGGUCGCUGGGACCUGUCUAAAAUAGAAAGUGACCUUGAAGGUCUAUAAGCAGAGACUGGACAACCUCAUGUCCUGUGUGAUGGAUGUGAGUUCAAGUGGGCAGCUGCUGACAUCCCUUCCAAUGCUCAGAUUGUGCAAGAUGUACUAUCUGUCCCCAAAGGACAGUUGUUCUAAGACUUUGUCUAUCACAGAAAAACUUUGGAAAAAAUAUUUGUGACAGCAGGAUGAUUUCAGAAAGGCCUGGAGAGACUUACAUGAACUGAU